CUCUACCUCUCCCCGUGCAGCCAAUUCCCCCUCUGCCCUCGCUCACCUGCUCGCCAUGGAGUCCUUGGCUUUCCCCCGGCGCCUCGGCCCGGGUCCCUCGGCCACCGCUGCCCUGGCAGCGGAGCUUGUUCGGCCUUUGGCCGACGGGCUCCUCAAAUCGCCCAAACCCCUGAUGAAGAAGCAGGCGGUGAAGCGGCACCACCACAAGCACAACCUGAGACACCGCUACGAGUUCCUGGAGACCCUGGGCAAGGGUACCUACGGGAAAGUGAAGAAGGCUCGGGAGAGCUCGGGGCGCCUGGUGGCCAUCAAGUCAAUCCGGAAAGACAGAAUCAAAGAUGAGCAAGAUCUGAUGCACAUUCGGCGAGAGAUUGAGAUCAUGUCGUCACUCAACCACCCCCACAUCAUUGCCAUCCAUGAAGUAUUUGAAAACAGCAGCAAGAUCGUGAUUGUCAUGGAGUACGCCAGCCGGGGGGACCUGUACGACUACAUCAUCGAGCGGCAGCGGCUCAGCGAGCGCGAGGCCCGCCAUUUCUUCCGGCAGAUCGUCUCCGCUGUGCACUACUGCCACCAGAAUGGAGUUGUCCAUCGGGAUCUCAAGCUGGAGAACAUCCUCCUAGAUGCCAAUGGAAAUAUCAAGAUCGCAGAUUUUGGCCUCUCCAACCUCUAUCACCAAGGCAAGUUCCUGCAGACGUUCUGUGGAAGCCCCCUCUAUGCCUCGCCAGAGAUUGUCAAUGGGAAGCCCUACAUGGGCCCAGAGGUGGAUAGCUGGUCCCUGGGUGUUCUCCUGUACAUCCUGGUGCAUGGCUCCAUGCCCUUUGAUGGGCAGGACCAUAAGACGCUAGUGAAACAGAUCAGCAAUGGGGCCUACAGGCAGCCACCUAAACCCUCUGACGCCUGUGGCCUGAUCCGGUGGCUGUUAAUGGUGAACCCUACCCGCCGGGCCACCCUGGAGGAUGUGGCCAGUCACUGGUGGGUCAACUGGGGCUACGCCACCCGUGUCGGGGAGCAGGAGGCUCUGCACGAGGGAGGUCACCCAAGCAGCGACUCUGGCCGGGCCUCCAUGGCUGACUGGCUCCGGCGGUCCUCCCGUCCCCUCCUGGAGAACGGGGCCAAGGUCUGCAGCUUCUUCAAGCAGCACGCACCGGGAGCAGGGAGCCUCACCCCUGGCCUGGAGCGCCAGCAUUCGCUCAAGAAGUCCCGCAAAGAGAAUGACAUGGCCCAGACUCUCCAGGGGGACCCAGCUGCUGAUGCGUCCCCUCGCCCUGGCAGGGGCAACCUCAAGCUGCCUAAAGGCAUUCUCAAGAAGAAGGCAUCGACCUCCUCGGAGGGGGCGAGGGAGGGCCCUGAGCUCAGCCCAGUCCCUGCAGGCCCGGGACAGGCUGCCCCCCUGCUCCCCAAGAAGGGCAUCCUCAAGAAGUCUCGCCAGCGGGAAUCUGGCUACUACUCCUCUCCUGAACCCAGUGAGUCUGGGGAGCUCCUGGAUGCAGGGGACGUGUUUGUGAGCGGGGACGCCGUGGAACACAAGCCCCCCGAAGCCUCAGGGCUGCUGCUCCAUCGCAAGGGCAUCCUCAAACACAACGGCAAGUUCUCCCGCGCAGCCCUGGAACUCACAGCCCCCGCCUUCGGCUCUUUGGAUCAACUGGCCUCACCUGGCCCGCCAGCCCGGGCCAGCCGCCCCUCGGGGGCGGUGAGUGAGGACAGCAUCCUGUCCUCUGAGUCCUUUGACCAGCUGGACUUGCCCGAACGGCUCCCCGAGCCCCCACUGCGGGGCUGUGUGUCUGUGGACAACCUCAUGGGGCUUGAGGAGCCCUUCGAGGGCCCGGGAAGCAGGGGCUUGAGGCGCUGGCGACAGGACCCCCGGGGGGAGAGCUGCUUUUCCCUGAUGGACUGCCAGGAGGUGACAGAGGCCCACCAACAGGCGCUGGGGGUCUGCACCAGGUUCAGCUGAGGGUGGGGGGCCUCGCCCCAUCGGGGCAGGCUUUAAGAUGCAGCUGGCUGCACCCUGAGGGGAAACACCUUCUUCCCUCCUGCCUCCCAGGACCAGCGUCUCAGCCCCGAAGGCUGAGAUGGUCUGCGCUUGAGCCCUGGGGAGAGCUGAUGUGGGAAGCGGGCAGAUGAAGUGCAUUGAGGGUUCAAUGUCUUCAGCCCCGUGGAACCAAGCAGAUAGUAGGGCCAAAAAAGUAGAGUAGAAGAGGGGAAGGCCUGUGGCCAAGUCCAGGCUGCAUGUUUCUUGUACACACAGUAGGGCCACAGAGAUCUGGAAAGAACCCUCUUUUAGGGCCCAGCUCCCUUCUUGCAACAAGUUACAUUUUGUCUAUGGUGUCUUCCUGCCAAUGUGGGGAUGGAAAUUCCUUCCAUAGAUGAUCCCGCCCCCACCAAUCACUGCAACUGGAACACGGCACCCCCUAAUGUGCCCAGGGGUGUCCUGGGAUGGUCUCUCAAAGUGUGCCCUUCCUUAUUUCUCUGAGCAGUAAGAGAACACAACCUCUGUUUCCUCAAAGGUUCUCUCCCCUUUCCCAUCCUCCAAACCUGGCCCAAGCCUCCUGAAGUCGCUGCUAUGAAUCUAAAAGACUUGAAAAGCCUCAGGCUGCUAUUGGACUUCAUCUCAAGGGGCCCAGACUCCCCUGGACCCCACCUUGGACCUCAAAGACUCUGAACUUCUCUGGCCUCCAAGCUGCUCCUGCUUCUGAGAAUGGAUGUUUCUGUUUCUCUGGGCUGUCAGGGCCCUAGAAUAUUCUUAUUUAUUUUUAUGUUUUUAAAAAAGUGAGUCCUAUUAUUUUCCUUAAGGUGAAUACUAUGUUCUGGGGAAAUCUGUGCCAUGUAAGUUUUGGGUCCAGGCACAUACAUUUGCAGUGAUUCCCCACUGAUCAAGGGGAAGGGGGGAGCUUUUAUAAAUCUACAUGUCCCAUCACACUGUCUGGGGGGUCUCUGGCUUCCUCACUCCAUGCCCUGAUUCCAUGGUCCCUCUUCCCUUCUGUGGCUAGAAAGAACCACCCCAUUAAAAACCAGAACGGUGAUUGGAAAA